AUGAGACUCGAUCCAGAGACAGACGACAUUGAAAGCAGUCGACCAAUUCCCCAAGACUUUGACGGCCCCGUUGAACACCCAGGUGUAUCUACCUUACGAGAUGAUGAAUACAAGAAAGAAAAGACCUCAGAUGAGACAUCUAUUCAUUCUCAAUCUACAAAUGUCGUAGAGCCCGCUCCAGAUGGGUCAGAAGUUCUGUCUCGUGCACUGUCGAUAGUUCCUCGGUCUAGAAGGCGGGGAUUGCUAGGGCGAUUUGCAUGUAUAAUACCCGAGGUUGAGAGGCCUUAUGAAUAUAAGAAUAGUACGAAAUGGUUCAUCACCUUCAUUAUUGCUCUUGCAGCUGCUGCAGCUCCAAUGGGGAGUGCCAUAUUCCUUCCUGCACUUCCGCAGUUGGCAACGGACUUGAAUACGACGCCAACCAUCACAAAUCUCUCAGUAGCUAUGUAUAUGCUAGCCAUGUCAAUAUUUCCCCUUUGGUGGUCUUCCUUCUCCGAGACACUAGGUCGCAGGACUAUAUACCUGGUUUCAUUUGCGCUAUUCACCCUGUGGAAUAUCAUCUCCGCUAUCUCUACAUCCAUCGGCAUGCUUAUUAUCAUGCGAGUUCUCGGAGGAGGGGCAGCAGCCUCAGUACAAGCAGUAGGAGCUGGCACGAUUGCGGAUAUCUGGGAAGUCAGAGAACGAGGUAGAGCCAUGACCCUUGAUGUGCGACGUCUUCCUCUGAAAGCCCUUGCCGCCACUCCACCCACCGAUGAAAAAUCCAGAGGAACGUUGACUCGAACCUCGACACAACAAUCGAUCCACCUGAAGACCAAGAGAGUGGCCAAAAUUUUCAAGCGCUGUAUCAUCGACCCCAUCAGCGUCUUGGCAUAUCUGCGUUUCCCCGCCGUUUUGAUUACCGUCUACCUUGCAUCCAUAGCUUUUGGCUCAUUAUACGUCCUUAAUAUAUCCAUACAGCAGACCUUCUCUGAGCCUCCUUACGGCUUCUCCGUCAUUAUCCUUGGCCUUCUUUACAUACCCAACUCUCUUGGCUACCUCCUCGCGUCUGUGUUGGGCGGAAGAUGGACGGACCAUAUCAUGCACCGAGAGGCUAAAGCGGCUGGUAGGUUCGAUGAGGCCGGAAAACUUAUCUUUAUUCCCGAAGAUCGUAUGGGAGAAAAUGUUUGGCUUGCUGCCCUCAUGCCUCGUAAAUCCAGCAGUGGUGUUGCAGUGAAUAACUGUGUCAGAAAUAUAUUCUCUUGCGUAGGAGGAAUCGUCGCAAGCCCUAUUAUCAAUGCAAUUGGAGAUGGGUGGGUGUUCACUAUCUUGGCGAUUGUCUGCUGGAUAAGUUCCUUUGCGGUGGUGUGGGCGAUGAGACGUUUCGGACCGCAGUGGCGAGUCUCAAUGGAAGCUCGUCUCAGAUGA